AAGCUAAGACCUUCUAAAUAAGUCAAACAGCAAAUCGAGUCUUUUCCCACCCUCAUCACUAGAACAAAAGAACAGACUAGGAUACUACGCAAGCAGCUGCAUUUAUCAAACGAGAAGUAUGCUUAUAUAUUUUCUAACCCUGGCGACGUGCUGUGGGGGAUUCCAGGCAGCAGAAACUAACUCAGAGAAUGUUGACGUCAUCAUUCUGGGUGCCGGCGUUGCUGGUAUCACCGCCGCCAAGACGCUGUCAGAAAACAACCUCAAUGACUUCGUAAUCCUAGAAGGCAGCGACCGGAUUGGAGGAAGAAUAAAACAUGGAAUUAUUGGAUCCAACACAGUCGAGUUAGGAAGUUCCUUCAUUAUUGGCACGAAGGGAAAUCCAGUAUGGGAUUUGGCAUCUAAAUAUAAUCUGUCUGGCAAAGUCGCCAACUACGACAAUGUGGCCGCAGUGAACGAGGUUGGCACAGAUGUCACAGCGACCGAGGCAGAGAAGGCUUGGAAUAAAUGGGCAAGUGUUGAUCUUGGGUUGGAUAAGAAAUUUGAAGAUAUCAAGGCAAACAAAAUUGAAGAUAUGACCUUAGCCGUGGGACUGAAGCUUGGCGGCUGGUAUCCGGAUUCCCCUGUCAAACGAGCAGUAGAAUGGUUUGAAGAUGUAGAUUUCGCCUUUUUUCAAAACGCCGAUACGAUUUCCUUGAAAUAUCAAAAGAUGUUUCGAAAGCAACUUAAAACAGAUGGGUCUGCCAGUGAAUUUUUGGUGAGUGAUCCGAGAGGUUACGUGCAUAUAUUUAAUGAAAUGAAAGAUGACGUUCGUCUGAAGCUGAAUGAGGUUGUCACGGUAGUAAAAUACAACGAUUCGAAGGUGGUCGUCACAACUAGCGCCAACAAGAUGUACACCGCGAACUACGCAAUCAUGACAUUUGGCCUCGGGGUCCUGCAACACCGCCUCGUGAAAUUCGAACCAGAGCUGCCAUUAUGGAAAGAAGAUAGUCUGUUUAGAAUCAACGUGGGACACGCAGCAAACGUGUUGGUAGAAUGUUCAGAAGAGGCCAGUGCAUUCUUUAACGAUGAAGAUUUUGCUCUGUACGCUAGUGGAAACUACGGUUUCUAUCCCGUUUGGAUCAACAUGAUGUCUGAUGGCCUGCUUCUGAAUACCAGCAACAUCAUCAGCAGCAUGCCGACUGGGGAAGAAGCUCAGAGAGUCGAACGUAUCGGGGAGUCGGCUCUCAAGUCUGAGAUAACCAAACUGUUGCGUGACGUGAACAAGAACCAAAACAUCCCUGAACCAACGACCGUCCUGGUGUCUGACUGGUCCAGAAAUCCACUCUUCAUGGGGUCCAUGGCGAGUCUUCCAGUCGGGUUCUCAGAGGAUCAGAUUAAAGCAGUGCAAGCUCCAGUAGGUAGAUUGUACUUUGCAGGCGAGGCCUACCAUGGCGUGUACACCGGGUUUGUACAGGGAGCCUUACACUCUGGAAGGGAUCAAGCCGAAGAUGUCUUGAAGUGUCGACAAGGGUCCUGCAAGAAAUAUGAACCACCUAAGAAACCAGAACCUAAUUGUCCAACGUCCUUGUCCGUGCAGCUAAAGAUUCCGUCUCUCUUUGUACUGGCAUCGUGCAUCAUUAUGUCGUACAUUUAUCUAUAGAAACUGUAGCCGAAGAAAGUUUUUUUCUUGAUAUAUACGUUCAUGUAUAUACUAAACUUCAGUGAAAACGCACUUGGCAGAUCAGUAUUUUAAAAAGGAUAUGAGAAGAAAUAAUAAUAAUAACACAUUUAACUAGGUUUGUAUAAAUGAAUGUAUUCUGGUAGGCAGCAAAUAACUCAAAAAUUGUGUACAAGCAUUAGAGUUAUUGCGUAUUUCAUACAUGUGAUAGCAAUUAUAAAUGAGAAUUGGGUGGCGCGUUUUGAAUGAAGUUAAGAUAGUAUUCUGCUUAGCCAUUUAGUGAGUUAAUUGUCAUUGCGCCUGUAUAAUGCUUAGUUAUGUUGUUGUUUUUUGGGGGGUUUUCUUAUAAAUAUUUUAAUUUUAUUAUUAUUAUUAUUAUUAUUAUUAUUAUUAUUAAUUGUUUUUAACAAAGUGGUAAUGUAUGAUACAGUAAAGUUCAUUAUAUAA